AUGGUUACACAAUCCCCACACACACAGAGUGAUAGAACCACACCCAGAACCUUCCCUGUGGAACCGCCGACGGAGCUGUUUCGCAGCUGUAACAUCCAGUCAGACCAGGGUGCCAUGAAUGACAUCAAGCUGUGGUCUAAUGGUACAAUUAAGAUGCCCUUCAUGAACAUCCCUGUGCUGGACAUUAGGAAGUGUCAGCCUCACAUGUGGAAGGCUGUGGCCUGCGCCCUGCAGAUCAAACCCUGCCACAGCAGGUCCAGAGGGAGCGUUAUAUGCAAAUCAGAUUGUGUGGAUAUCCUGACCCAGUGUGGAGAUACAAAACGUUUUCACGAAGGACAAACACCAGAGAGGAUCUGUGAGCUCCUGUCGCCUAUUGAUGACCCUGAACACUGCAUCCCUCUCUACAGAUACCUUACACCCAGCUCCCUAGGCAGCAACACUGUUAAGGAGGUUAUCCAUCCAUGCAAUCCUAACCCCUGUCCAAGCAACCACAUAUGCCAGGUGAACAGGAAGGGCUGCCUCGAUGAGCUAAACUGUCAGCCAUACCUCUGUGUGCCAGGCUGCAAAAUGGGUGAAGCCUCUGAGUUCUUGGUGCAACAGGAUGCUCGUAUCCAAGUGCCUACGCGCACUGAUCCUACGGUUUGCUUCGAGGUGUGCAGCUGUGGUCCCAGUGGGCGACUGGAGAACUGUGUGGAGAUGCCCUGCAUGGACACCAGCAAGCCCUGCAUAGUAGGAGGACAGAGGAAGAGCCAUGGGACGUCUUUCAAGACCGACUGCCACAACUGUUACUGCUUUGCUGGUGAGACCGUCUGCUCCACUAAAGAGUGUCUCAGCUCUGGAUACACAGAUGACAGUCAUCGACACUUUACUGGUUAG